UAAAUUUCCCAAGCUGCAUUGCAGGCUAACAGGGGUGAGGAAGAAAACAUGGCGAACGGUCUUCGACUAAAUAACAUUGAGCUUUUAGAGCAGGUCGCAGUUCUUGGAUUCUUGGAUGGCGGAGAGCAGGGAAAACGUUUGUACMAUGCAUACGUAGCUGGGCGCGUUGGAUACGAGUUAUACAAGAGAGUAUCAGUCASUAAAGCAGACGUACUUAGAUAUCAAACUAUUUUGAGGGUCAGUGAAUAUUGCAAUAAGAACCCCAAUGCAACUGAUGCACAGAAAAAAGCCAUGCUACAGAAGGAAAUAACAAGUUUUGCCGAACAAGUAGCAUUACUUUAAAUACAGCUUUUCAUCGUUCAUUAAUGCAACUCAUGGGAAAUGAACAGUCAUUUAUUAUUUUAAACUCAUUCAUAAAAUUGCCCAGAAUUAAUAUUCUAAUAAAAACUUUUUGACUGUAAAGCAUAACUUUACAAUGCAAUUAUCCUAGUUCCAGGUGUGGAACUCGGCUGAGGUGGCCUUGAUGUAUAUAAGCACAUGUCUCUGUAUUUUUGUUGAAGAAUCAUGAACUUAUCCAGCUGAUCUGAGAAAAAACAUUAGCCAAUCAGAAUCAAGAAAAUUUCCAAAACUGAGGUGUCACUUUUCCUCUUUUAAUACAGGAAUUUCCAGGUAACCAAGUUAAAAAAUAAAUUGGUAACAUGGUUGAUGGCAGAAUUUUUUUAACUUUCACUAGGUUACAGUGAAAACAGUGAUGUCAUUUCUAUGUCACUAUUUCAGAUCAGCUUGAUAUACCACACAUGUUAGACUUUCUAGCCUGUUAUUUUAUUAUUACAGUAUAUAUGCUCAAACCGUGGAGACUUGCUCACUCUAUUAAACUGUUGCUAUGUAUUUCAUGUCAUAAGUAAAUUGUUAUCACUGUCA